UGGCUAGCCGCGAGUCGCAGCGGCCGCCGCGGCGGGUGGAAAAAAUGGGGCCGCGGCGCGUCCCCGGUCCGGCCGUCGCACAGCGCCCCCCCAGGAGUCGACGCUAGUGCGCGGGGAACCGGGGCUGAGCCCCCUCCCCCAGCGCAGCGCCGCGGCCCGGGGGCGGGGGAGCGCGCGCCCCCCAGCCCCCCUCCCCACCCGGGAUGCCCGGCUGAGCCGGCCCGGCCAGGACAGGUGUCACCCCUGUCACCCUGACCUCGCCAUGCGGACCCCGCGAGUGCCCCCUCCCCACCCGGCCCUAUUGCUUCUGCUGCUGCUACUGGGGGGUGCCCACGGGCUCUUCCCCGAGGAGCCGCCGCCACUCAGUGUGGCCCCCAGGGACUACCUGAACCACUAUCCCGUGUUCGUGGGCAGCGGGCCAGGGCGCCUAACCACCACAGAGGGCGCCGACGACCUCCACAUCCAGCGGGUCCUGCGGGUCAACAGGACACUGUUCAUUGGGGACAGGGACAAUUUGUACCGAGUAGAACUGGAGCCCCCUACCUCCAUGGAGCUUCGGUACCAGAAGAAGCUGACCUGGCACUCCAACCCCAGUGACAUCAACGUGUGUCGGAUGAAGGGCAAGCAGGAGGGUGAAUGCCGAAACUUUGUAAAGGUGCUGCUACUUCGGGACGAAUCCACCCUCUUCGUGUGCGGUUCCAAUGCCUUCAACCCUGUGUGUGCCAACUACAGCAUAGACACACUACAGCCUCUUGGGGACAACAUCAGUGGCAUGGCCCGGUGCCCAUACGACCCCAAACACGCCAACGUCGCCCUCUUCUCUGAGGGAAUGCUCUUCACAGCCACCGUUACCGACUUCUUAGCCAUCGAUGCCGUCAUCUACCGCAGCCUUGGGGACCGGCCUACUCUGCGCACAGUGAAACACGACUCCAAGUGGUUUAAAGAGCCCUACUUUGUGCACGCGGUGGAGUGGGGCAGCCACAUCUACUUCUUCUUCCGGGAGAUCGCAAUGGAGUUUAACUACCUGGAAAAGGUGGUGGUGUCGCGUGUGGCCCGGGUGUGCAAGAACGACGUGGGGGGCUCCCCGCGUGUGCUGGAGAAACAGUGGACGUCCUUCCUGAAGGCGCGGCUCAACUGCUCCGUGCCCGGGGACUCCCACUUCUACUUCAACGUGCUCCAGGCCGUCACGGGCGUGGUCAGCCUGGGGGGCCGACCCCUGGUCCUUGCCAUCUUCUCCACCCCCAGCAACAGUAUCCCGGGCUCUGCCGUCUGCGCCUUUGACAUGACACAGGUGGCUGCCGUGUUCGAAGGCCGCUUCCGUGAGCAAAAGUCCCCCGAGUCCAUCUGGACGCCUGUGCCAGAGGAUCAGGUGCCGCGGCCCCGACCUGGGUGCUGUGCCGCUCCCGGCAUGCAGUACAAUGCCUCCAGCGCCUUCCCCGAUGAGAUCCUCAACUUCGUCAAGACCCACCCCCUAAUGGAUGAGGCGGUGCCCUCCCUGGGCCACGCACCCUGGAUAGUGCGGACUCUGACACGGCACCAGCUGACUCGAGUGGCCGUGGAUGUGGGCGCCGGCCCCUGGGGCAACCAGACCGUCGUCUUCCUGGGCUCCGAGGUGGGAACCGUCCUCAAGUUCCUCAUUUGGCCCAAUGCCAGUGCCUUGGGCACCUCUGGACCCAGCGUCUUCCUUGAAGAGUUCGAGACCUACCGGCCAGACAGGUGUGGACGGUCAGGCGGCAGCGAGAUGGGGCAGCGGCUGCUGAGCCUGGAGUUGGACGCGGCCUCGGGAGGCCUGCUGGCGGCCUUCCCGCGCUGUGUGGUCCGUGUGCCCGUGGCCCGCUGCCAGCAGUACUCAGGGUGCAUGAAGAACUGCAUCGGCAGUCAGGACCCCUACUGCGGCUGGGCCCCGGACGGCUCCUGCAUCUUCCUCAGCCCUGGCACCAGGGCCACCUUUGAGCAGGAUGUGUCCGGGGCCAGCACCUCAGGCCUAGGGGACUGCACAGGACUCCUGCGGGCCAGCCUCUCGGAGGAGCGUGCCGGGCUGGUGUCAGUGAGCCUACUGGUGACAUCGUCGGUGGCGGCCUUUGUGGUGGGUGCCGUGGUAUCAGGCUUCAGCGUGGGCUGGUACGUGGGUCUCCGAGAGCGGCGCGAGCUGGCCCGCCGCAAGGACAAGGAAGCCAUCCUGGCCCACGGGGGCAGCGAGGCUGUGCUGAGCGUGAGCCGGCUGGGCGAGCGCCGGGCAGGUGGUCCUGGGGGCCGGGGUGGGGGUGGCAGUGGAGCUGGGGGACCCCCGGAGGCCCUGCUGGCCCCCUUAAUGCAGAAUGGGUGGGUCAAGACCACACUGCUGCAGGGCCCCCAUGACCUGGACUCAGGGCUGCUGCCCACGCCCGAGCAGACGCCACUGCCCCAGAAGCGCCUGCCCACCCCACACCCCCACGCCCUGGGCCCCCGUGCCUGGGAGCACAGCCACCCCCUGCUUCCAGCCUCUGCCUCCUCCUCCCUGCUGCUGCUGGCCCCCGCCCGGGCCCCCGAGCAGCCCCCUGUGCCCAGCCGGGCCUCCCACGGUGACUUCCCGCUCACGCCCCAUGCCAGCCCAGACCGCCGGCGCGUGGUGUCUGCGCCCACAGGCCCCUUGGACCCAAACACAGCAGCCUCCGACGGUUUCCCUCGGCCCUGGAGCCCCCCGCCCACGGGCAGCCUGCGGAGGCCAGGCCCCCAGGCCCCAGCAGCCGCCGCCCUGCGUCGCACGCACACAUUCAACAGCGGUGAGGGCCGGCCAGGUGACCGUCACCGUGGCCGCCACGCCCGGCCCAGCACGGACUUGGCCCACCUCCUCUCCUAUGGUGGGACAGACAGGACUGCGCCCCCUGUGCCCUAGGCCAGGGCCCCCCGACGCCUCGGCUGUGCCAGCCACGGGAACAGGAGCAAGAGACCAGGCCCAGCUCCGAGUGGGUGCUCAAGACCCCCACCCCAGCGCACAGGGCGCGCGGGGGGGCCUCCGCCACAUGGAAGCACAAGGCUUGGCCCCCCCACCCUGACCCGGGGCCGCGGGACACUAGGCGGUUUGGGGGGCGGGGGCGGGAGGAUGUGCUACGGAUUUGAGGUUGAUCUUCUGUGCGUGGUUUGGGUUUGUUUCCAAUUUGCGUUUUAUUUUUGCAGUUUUCUACCCAAUUGCACAACUCCGUUCUCGGGGUGGUGGCCAGGGGCUUGGAGGUGGUGGGAUGAGGAGGGGGCCACAGCUGCAGACCCAAGUGCCCCCCCUCCGGGUCCCUCCUUGACCCAGGCUCCUGGCGUGUGUGAGUGUGUGUGUGUGUGUGUGUGUGCAUGCCGUGUUGGUGUGCGAGGGGCCGGGAAGGGGAGGGAGGUGUGUGUGCGGAUGCCUGCGAGGGCUGCUACCGGCGUGUGCGUGGGGAUGGGCACUCAUGCCGAGUGCGUGUCUGUGUGUGAGUGCAGCGGCCUCAGCGGCCUGGGCAUUGGCUGAGCCAACGCAGGGGCUUCCAGAAGGCUGGGGGUCCUCCAAGGUGCCGGAUAGGAAUUUGAGGGGAGACAGUGAAGGGUUUUAGGAAAGGGGGUCCAGGAGGGCCUGCCCGUGAGUCAUACUGGCAGCAGCUGUGUAACGGUCUGGGGAACAGCAGAGGCGGGUGGGCCCCCCUGUAAAUAUGGCCCCAGGGUGGUCAGAGGGUCCCACGCCACCUGUCCCCUGUGACCUCCCCUUUGACCUCCAGCUGACCCUGCAUGCCAGCUGAGUGGCCAGUUGAGGCCUGGACCCUCUCUGGAAUUUGCCUCCCCAGCCCCCUCCCCAUCAAUAAAACUGUUUACAACCACCGGC